AUGGAGGAGGCGAAUCUCAGUUUUAAGGUUGUCAUCAUCGGGGAUAGCGGGGUGGGCAAGUCCAACCUCAUGACGCGAUACACCACGAACGAGUUCAGCCAAGACACCCCGGCAACCAUCGGGGUGGAGUUCAUGACGAAGAGUAUUAAGGUCGAGGGGCGCGAUACGAAGGUCCAGAUUUGGGAUACGGCCGGGCAGGAGCGCUUUCGCGCCAUCUCUCGCUCGAUCUACCACGGUGCAAGGGGGGUGAUGCUGGUUUACGACAUUACGAACCCGUCCUCGUUCGAUUCGAUCCCGACCUGGCUGCGGGAACUGCGGGUCUUUGUCCCGACGACCUGCUGUAUUUUUCUCAUCGGCAACAAGUGCGAUUUGGAGCACCUUCGGGCGGUGAAAAAGGAGGACGCGGAUCGCUUCGCGCGGAAGAACGGUCUGAGCUUUCUUGAGACUUCCGCACUAGAGAAGACAAACGUGGAUAAGGCGUUUGAAUGGUUGUCGAAGUCGGUGUACGAUGUGAUGGUAGCUCCCGCCGUGCAGGAGCAGGCACCGCGGCCGAAUAUUAAUCUAAGCUCGCGAACAACGAAUCUGAGUAAAAAUCAGCCCGCGGAGAAACCUGGCAGAGGAUGUUGCUAG